AAAAAACAUAUCUUUUGCUUCCUCUCUUCAAUUGGGAACGUUUGCUGUAGGCGCAGAGGCAGAACGCAGAACCAACCACUUGGCUUCUUCACUACGUCAUAUUCGUUCGACUUCGACUUCGACAACAGUCCCAGUACCCAAUUGGUCCCUGAGACCAAGUCAGUAAUAAGUGAGCUGUUGCCUCGUCUCGUCGUGACGCUGAAAAAAUAUUCGCCUUAGUAUACUCACCUGUUUGUUUUAAGACAUUUGUAUUAUUUGUAUCUUUUCUUACCUGUGCCUAGAGAUAAGUUAUAGAUUUUAAUGGUUUUCGCACACACUGAUCGAUAGAUAGAUACGAUACGUAGAGAUACGAUACUAGAACUGUUUUCGGCGGUUAAUAGAAUAAAGUAUCUAUAGCAAGCCGACUAAACUAAACCUACACGUUAUUAUGGAUACCUAUAUUUUUAUGGGAUCUUUUUGUAUGUAAACAUUGUUUUGAAAGAUCGUUUGAAAAAGAAAUCUGAUAUAAUUUGUUUUUAAAAAGAAUUUCAUAUUGUGUGUUCUUGUACUGCUUCCUUAUACUCUUGCAGUACAUUGACUUCAUGAAUGUACCAAUUGUGCAUCUUUUCGUGUGUGCCAUCAGUUCGACAACUUGUUUUCAGAAUUUGCUGCAGUUUUUCUUAUUUUUCAAAUAAUCUUGUUUAAGAAAAGUGUGCAAUUUGGAGGUUUGCAGUGUUUCAAAUUCAAAUCGUCGAUCGCUUCGGGUGUGAAAAUUCGAUCGUACUCGUAUUUAAAUAAGCUUACUUACAUUUUGUAAAAGUAGUUUAACUUUAACAACAAAAUACAAAACAAGUUAUGACUAAGUUACAUGCAGCUCUGUGGACUCUGUUAUUGAUGCUGGCCGGAGCUGGAAAACUAGCUGAUGCAGAUUUGGUGCCAAGAGUUUGUGAGCCAAUUCGAAUUGAAUUAUGCCGUGGUAUUGGCUACAAUGAAACCUCAAUGCCGAAUAUGGUAGGACAUGAAUUGCAGACCGAUGUCGACUUUACUCUGCAGACAUUUGCACCUUUGAUCGAGUACGUUUGCAGUACGCAGUUGAAAUUGUUUUUGUGCGCGGCGUAUGUGCCGAUGUGCACUCCGAAAGUUCCAGUGCCUAUUGGUCCAUGUAGGAGUUUGUGCGAGUCGGUGAGGACGCGAUGUCACCCCGUGCUGCAGGGUUUUGGAUUCCCCUGGCCACCGGCUCUGGAUUGCAAUCGUUUCCCGAAAGAGAAUAACCACGAGCAUAUGUGCAUGGAGGGUCCUGGAGAAAUAGGCAUCGGUAUGGCACCGCCAAUCUCCAAAGUAACAUCGUUCCACCAGCCUGGUUGCCAGGGAUUGGCAAAGUCUCAUUUGUAUAUUCGGCUAAAUCGUUCGGGACGUUGUGCUCCAUUAUGUGAGGCUGAUAUUCUAUUCGAUAAGGCAGAGAAGCAUUUGGCAGAGAUGUGGGUAACCACGUGGAGUUACGCAGCUUUAGGAAUAGCAGUUGUAGCUACGCUUUGCCUUAUCCUCUCCGAUACGAAGUGGGAUCGUAUUUUAACACCUCUUGUCACCUGUCACAGCUUGGUUGCCAUCGGAUGGACGGUCAGAUUUGUCUCUGGCCGGAAUACCACUGCAUGUGGAUUUGAUCCGCAAUUGCCGAACGUGUCCUUGCUUCUUAUCGAUGGAUUAUCGAAUGCAUCAUGCGCUGCAACUUUUCUCCUACGUUAUUAUUUUGGAAUGUCAGCAAGUGUCUGGUGGUCCAUUCUGUGCCUAGAAUGGCAUCGGGGUGUGCGUCAAACAAGGAAUGAGUUUUGUGAGCCAGCUAAUGUGUCGGGUCUAAUUGGUGGGAUCAAUUGUCAGCGAACUAUACCGAAGCCCACAACGAAAACACUCAGAAGAAACCAGGACACUUACAGUAAUAUUGCACAGGUAGCUGCUUGGGGAUUGCCAGCUUUACAAACGGUUGCAGUUCUCGUUACCCGACUUGUUGAUGCUGAUGAACUUUUAGGUGCAUGCUUUGUGGGCAAUCAAUCGGAUAGAGGUUUGAGGGUACUAGUGGCAACGCCUUUAUUUUGUUAUUGGAUUUUCGGUUCGGUUAAUUUGUUUGCCGGAUAUUUGGUACACCGUCGAAAUGGUCCUUUAGCUACGGUCUAUGGACAACCUCCACCACCGAUCAACACUAAGUAUCAAAAAGCUGUCCACAUGAAAGGCGUUGGAACGUUCCUAUUCAUCUACUGUAUUCCCUGUGCUUUGCUUUUGAUCGCUGUCUUCUACGAAUUUGCCAACAGUGAUGUAUGGCUCAAUCUUCCAGCACCGACAUAUGUCCCAGUUGCAGCAGUCAAAGCUCCGAUGUGGCCCUUCAUGACCAGAGCCUUUAUGGAACUGAUGAUUGGAGUCGUUUCAUCAGCAUGGGUUCUGGGACCGAGAAUAGCAAAUAUGUAUAAAAACCAAAUGACCCCAAAAUGCAAACACACUCCAACAAAGUAUCCCCCCACCACUGCCUAUAGUACAGCAUCCUAUCAAACUGUGAGGCAAUCAUCGGCGAGUACAGCAAUUUCCAUGGACAAGAUUUCGAGGUACUCAUCGGCUCGAAAAUAUCCCACGACUCAUAUGCCUCGACAUGGAUCAUCUCGUGUUGGCUAUAAAAUGCCUCCACAAGCAUUCGGACACUAUGGCAAUGAAACAAUCUUGUAGAGCUGUGACGAAUAAAGAUGACUCUCCAGCGUGUGCAGAAUUUGUCUGUAUUUUUAUGUGAUAACUUUCCUUGAUGCGAGGAAUCCUUUAAGGCCGAUGGCUUCCUAUAAGGUGGCACUAACUAUUAGAUUUUUUAAAUUAUUUUCUACUUACAUAAUUAUAACAUAAACUAUUUUUAUUUUAAGAAUUAAGAAAAAAACAAGUAUUUAAUUUAAAUCAACAUGAAAUAAAUUAUAAAUUAAAAUAAGAUAUAAUUUUAUUUAGCUUUGUAAACCCUUUGUGCCAUUAGAAGUUUAAAUUUUCAAAUGACACCGUUAAGCAUACAUUAGAUUAUCUCGUAACAAUUUUUGACAUUACAUUAAUGUUAGAAGAAAUAAAAAAAAAAAAAAAACUGAAAAUAAAUAAAGAGAACUGAUUUU